AUGUGCGAUGUGGAAGAAAUAACACUUGAGGAACAAGAAUUUGGAAAGGAGGAAACAAAAGGUGAUUACGAAUCAGAAAUUCUAGAGAAGGCAGAGGACACAGGUCCAGGGAUUAUUAAAAUUCUGUGUGAAGAUGAUGUCCAUUUGUUGACAGAGGAUGAAACAUGCCUGGUAUAUAAGAAGUGUUUACUACAGUUGGCCAAUACCAGCAUCAGCAAAAUGUUCAAAGUCAAAGGAUGCAACCUGUCUAUUGGGAACCGCUGUGAGAGUGUUGGAUCGGCUUUAUAUAUAUACUGGGAAUGUGAAAAUAAGCAUGUAGCACACAAGUGGUGCUCUCAACCUGUGUUGAACAGACGCUUACAUGGAGGAGAUUUACAAAUAACUUCAGCUAUUUUGGCUUCAGGGAACAACUUUUCAAAAAUAGCUCUGUUUGCGAGGUUCCUGAAAUUACAUUUCCAAGGAACUGUUAAAUUCAGCAACAUACAAAGGACAUAUGUGGUACCAACAAUCAACACCUUUUGGAAAGAUCAACAGAGGGAAAUCGUUGAUCAGAUAGGAGGCCAAAGUAUUGUUGUUUUAGGUGAUGGCAGAAAUGACAGUCCUGGGCAUUGUGCACAAUACUGCACGUGCACAAUGAUGGAAAAUUGUACCAAGAAAAUUGUAUCCAUCAUAACCAUGGAUAAACGAGAAACGGGCAAGAAAAGCACAAACAUGGAAAAGGCCUGCUUUCUUAAAGCCAUGGAAGAGAUGCAAGGUACACAUGAUCUUACUGUGGAUGAAGUAGUCACAGAUGCUCAGUUGCAAAUUGGAGCUUUGAUGAAGAAUAGAUUUCCAGAUAUAAAACAUUCACACGACAUUUGGCAUGUAGCCAAAAAUCUAGGAAAGAAAAUUGUGGCAGCAGGACAGACCAAAGAAUGCAGAAGCCUGAUUGAUUGGAGCAAAGACAUUGUUAAUCAUUUUUGGUACACAUGUUCUUCUGCAAGGAAUAGAGACAGAUUCAUGGAAAUUUGGUGUGGAAUUGUCCACCAUGUUGUCAAUGAACAUGAGUGGGGCAUGUCCUACAGCAGCAGCUACUUUGGUGCCAACCAAUGUAUGCAUGGUCCCCUGCAAGACGAACAUAAAGAGUGGAUUGUUAAGGGCAGUGCAAGUCACAAGGCAUUAAUUCAGAUCGUUUUCAAUAAACGAUUCUUGAACCAGAUUCAUUACUACCUGAAUUUUAGGAGUACAGGAAAAGUAGAAAACUUCAAUAACUUGAUCCUUAUGUACAGUGGGAAGAGGUUUGUGUACUCAACACCUGUUUACCGUGUCAGAAGCCAGCUAGCAGCUUUGGACUACAAUGCACCCAUGGACAGAGAGACAAAAAGGAAACCUGAUGGAACCAUACAGCAGCACAGAACAUUCAAUAAGAAAAGUGGUAGAUGGAGUGUGACCCCUGUUAAGUUGGAAAAAAGUUAUGAGCAUGUUUCCAAGCUAAUGACAAACAUAGUGGUUGCCAGGAUUUCUGAUGAAGAGGGCAUGAGUCACCAAGUUGUAUUAGGUAUGUAUGCUUCAUGGGGUACAUGUCUGUGCUCGAACAGGGGUAGAUGGAAACAUGGUCAUUUGAAGGCAGUUACUUCCAUAUUUGCUUAG